CUCGGCUUUGCGAGGUUAACAACGGCAACAAUGGCUUUCUGCCUCUCGAACACCAUCUUCUUGCAACAUUGCCUUCGAGUCAGGUUAUACCUUGAGCGAUCAUAUAUGAUAUAUCUAAGUAGGUAGCGGACAUCCGAUUUCCCUUAUUUCGUCAUCUCUAUUUUCCCAAGACGGUCUCAUUGAUCUGCUUGCUUCCUCUAUAUCAUCUCAUUCCACGUCCUCUCAUAUCACCAGGUGUUUUUGUCUUUCUUGAGCAAUGGCCCCUCACGCAGAGCAUGAUCAGAGCCCGUCUUUUGAUUCCUUGCACGACGACAGUCGGCCUGGAGCUCUCCCUGAAAAUGAGGAGACGAUCGGAGAGUACAGAGGCUACGACCACGUCCACUGGUAUGUCGGGAACGCAAAGCAAGCCGUGACAUACUACACCGCACGCUUGGGUUUCCACCUGGUGGCAUAUAAGGGUCUCGAUACCGGUUCACGAGCAGUUGCGAGCUAUGUCCUCCGCAACGGGGAUGUUACCUUCGUCCUGAGCUCGCCGCUGCGGACCGCCGGGCAGGCAGAAGACCCUGCCGACCAAGACCUCCUCGCCAGCAUGGCCGACCAUCUAACCAAGCACGGCGACGCCGUGAAGGAUGUGGCCUUCGAGGUUGACAGCGUCGACCAGGUGUACGACCAAGCGCUGGCCCGCGGUGCCGUCUCGGUCUCAGCCCCCCAGACGAUUUCCGACGAGGACGGUGUUGUUAAGAUGGCCGCCAUCCAGGCAUAUGGCGAGACUAUCCACACCCUCGUGGAGCGUAAGGCCUACCAUGGGCUCUUCCUGCCCGGCUAUCGAGCACCAAAAGACAGCGAGGACCCUAUCAAUGCAGUCCUUCCCUCGAUCGAACUCGAAGCCAUCGACCACUGCGUCGGCAACCAAGACUGGAACGCCAUGGACGAGAUCUGCGCCUACUACGAGCGGGCUCUCGGCUUCCACCGCUUCUGGUCCGUCGACGACCAAGACAUCUGCACCGAGUUCUCCAGCCUGCGCUCCGUCGUCAUGGCCGCGCCGCACGAGCACAUCAAGAUGCCCAUCAACGAGCCGGCGCCCGGCAAGCGGCGCUCGCAGAUCGAAGAGUUCAUCGACUUCUACAACGGGCCCGGCGUGCAGCACAUCGCUCUGCGCACCCGGGAUAUCAUCUCGACCGUGUCCCGCCUGCGCGCCCGCGGUCUCGAGUUCAUCAGCAUCCCGGACACGUACUACGUCGCCAUGCGCUCGAAGCUGAAAGCGGCCGGGGUCCAUCUCGAAGAGGACUUUGAGACGUUGCGGAGAUUGGGCAUCUUGAUCGAUUUCGAUCAGGGUGGAUAUCUAUUACAGCUUUUCACCAAGCAUCUUCUCGAUCGCCCAACAGUCUUCAUCGAGAUUAUCCAGCGGAACAACUUUUCUGGCUUCGGAGCCGGGAAUUUUAAAUCGCUCUUCGAAGCGCUGGAGCGUGAUCAGGAAGCUAGAGGCAAUUUGACUGCUUCUGCUUCUGCUUGAUUUGAUUUUGAUUUUGAUUUUGAUUCUGCGUGUCUUUUUAUAGUACCUCACCUACCUUUGUUACCUUAUCUAGAUAGAUAGGGAGGGAGGUAUGCAGUAGUUAUAAUUCAAUACAUUUCAAUACACAUACCAUAAUCUAUAUAAAAACCC